CCCUGUGACCUCACGGGAGCCCCGGCUGGAGAACAGUGGGGCCAGAAGGGAAUCCCAGCGCUGCACAGAUCACUAUGGCAACUGGAAGAAAUGUGAUGAGAGCUGUCAGAGUUUCUGAAUUUGGUGGACCUGAAGUGCUUAAGCUCCUGUCAGAUGUCUUAUUGCCGAAUCCGAAAGAAAAUCAGGUCUUAAUCAAAGUCCAUGCAUGUGGUGUAAAUCCAGUGGAGACAUAUAUUCGUUCUGGUACUCAUGCUAGAAAACCAGCUUUACCUUACACUCCUGGGACAGAUGUUGCUGGAGUAAUUGAAGCUGUUGGGGCGCAUGUAACUGUAUUCAAGAAAGGUGACAGGGUUUUUACUAAUGGUACCAUCUCUGGUGGCUAUGCAGAUUAUACAGUUGCUGCAGCUGACACAGUCUUCCCCUUGUCAGAUAAAUUAGACUUCAAGCAAGGUGCUGCCAUUGGAAUUCCAUAUUUCACUGCCUACCGUGCACUCUUCCAAAAAGGGCAUGCCAAACCAGGGGAAACUGUGCUAGUCCAUGGGGCAAGUGGAGGAGUUGGAAUAGCAACAUGCCAGAUUGCCAGAGCUUAUGGUUUAAAGGUUUUAGGCACAGCUGGAACUGAAGAAGGAAUGAAUCUAGUUUUGAGAAAUGGAGCCCACAAAAUGUUUAAUCACAGAGAAGCUGAUUACGUUGAUAAGAUUAAGGAAUUCAGUGCUGUGCAGGGAGUUGAUGUGAUAAUAGAAAUGCUAGCUAAUGUUAAUCUCGCCACUGAUUUACAACUACUGUCACCUGGAGGAAGGGUGAUGAUCGUGGGGAGUAGAGGUCCAAUUGAAAUAUAUCCCAGGGACACUAUGAUGAAAGAAUCCAGCAUAAUAGGAGUUAGUCUGUUUUGUGCAACUAAGAAGUCGAUGCACGAAUGUGAAACGGCGCUUCUUGCUGGUAUAGAAGCUGGCUGGCUUAAACCUGUAGUUGGCCCUGAAUAUCCAUUGGAAAAAGUGGCUAAGGCUCAUGAACUCCUUAUUAACAGCAGUGGUGCUUUGGGAAAGAUGGUACUCCUUAUAUGAUAAGUCAUGUAAUAAAGUUUCUUUCCACUUAUAUUGUGGCUGUUCUAAUUACACCCUUGCUUAUAUGGUUCAUUUAGCAUGUUUUACAAAACAGUUGAUCACAGAUAUUCUGUAGUAAUAGUAAGUCUAAUUUAGACAGGGAGGAUGCCUUAAAUGAAAAUGCUUUAUUAUGUAAUGAGAAGCAGAGAGUCAGAUUUAAGCUU